UGUCGCAUCGUGAUAUAGAUAACGUUGACGUAAGUAUUAUACUUUGUCAAAUUAUCAGAUAGCGCGACUGCUACUACUAAAUUCGAAAAUUAAAUUGCGGCAAAACCGUGCCAUAGCGAUUAAACGAAAGUCGCGUAGUGCAUGGCUCGCAUAGCUAUCGUGCGCGAUCGCGUGUGCUGCCCUCGUCGUCUCGCCACUACUCUUGUCAGUCAGAAAGCGGACACGGUACGUGUGGUCGCGUGAUGAGUUGGUGCUCGUAGUAUUUUAAGUUUGACAUUUGGCGCGUUUUUCAUUUAGGUUUAUUAGAAAUAAUUAACGAGAAAAUCAUAGGUUUAAGUUAGUGCAAUCUGUGUAUUUUCUAUUUAUUUCAAGUGUUCGACUAGUAUUUCUGUGAAUUCCUUUGACGUCGGCUGUGAAGUGGCAGAACGGGCUCGUGUACUUAGCUGUGUUGCCUAAGUUUUUGUGGUUUUUCUUUUCUCUUUUGUUCGUUUUCGGAGGUAUCCCACAGCUGCCGAACACGACUAAGGUCGUAACCUGCAGCAUAAUAGGGAGCCAUACGCCGAGGCGGAAAAACGGGUGCGACACGCACUCGUGAUCUAGAGGGUUGUCGGGCUUGGUGCGGGCGGCGGCCGCGGGCCCGGCACCAUGGCCACCGUGGAGGGAAGGCCGGCGCAAUAUGGCGUCUCCCUUCGGCAGCUGCGCGAGCUGAUGGAGACGCGCGGCGCCGAGGGCAUGGCCAAAAUCAACGCGCUCGGUGGACCGCAAGAAUUAUGCAAGAAACUCUACACAUCUCCCACAGACGGUCUUAGCGGUUCGAAGGCUGACCUGCAGCAUCGGCGGGAAGUGUUCGGUUCAAACUUGAUCCCGCCGAAGCCACCCAAGACUUUCCUGACGCUAGUAUGGGAGGCUCUGCAGGAUGUCACCCUUAUUAUCCUAGAAGUUGCUGCUGUUGUUUCAUUAGGAUUGAGUUUUUACAAGCCCGCAGAUGACCCCAAUGAUGCGGCACAUUUGGACGAAGAGGAGGGCCACUACCAGUGGAUCGAGGGUCUGGCCAUCUUAAUAUCGGUUAUAGUCGUCGUCAUAGUAACAGCGUUUAAUGAUUACACGAAAGAAAGGCAAUUCAGAGGUCUGCAGUCUCGGAUAGAAGGCGAGCACAAGUUCGCCGUGAUCCGCGGCACGGAGGUCAAACAGGUGCCCAUCAGCGAGAUCGUCGUCGGCGACAUAUGUCAGAUCAAGUACGGAGAUCUGCUUCCGGCUGACGGUAUCCUGCUGCAGAGCAACGAUCUUAAGAUUGACGAGUCAUCCCUGACGGGAGAAUCGGACCAUGUCAAGAAGGGUGAAACAUUUGAUCCCAUGGUGCUAUCCGGUACACACGUUAUGGAAGGUUCCGGCAAGAUGUUAGUGACAGCCGUGGGGGUGAACUCCCAGGCCGGCAUCAUCUUCACGCUGCUCGGUGCCGCUGUCGACAAGCAGGAGAAGGAAAUUAAACAGAAGAAGAAAGAGGAGAGAAAGCAGCAACGCAAAGGGACCCAGCGCAAGAGCAUCCCCGGUGAGGAGGAGGGAGUGGGGGGCGUGGGCGCCAACCACGCGCCGCCCGACGACAACCACGCGCCGCCCGCCGCCGACAAGCCGCCGCCAGAGCCGCAACACAAGAAGGAGAAGUCCGUGCUGCAGGCCAAACUUACCAAGCUCGCUAUACAGAUCGGUUACGCCGGCUCGACGAUCGCCGUGCUCACGGUCAUAAUCCUGGUCAUACAGUUCUGCGUCCGGACGUUCGCCAUAGAGGGCAAGCCGUGGAAGGCGACCUACAUUAACAACCUGGUGAAGCACCUCAUCAUCGGUGUGACGGUGCUGGUCGUCGCCGUGCCCGAGGGGCUGCCGCUCGCUGUCACACUCUCGCUUGCUUAUUCCGUAAAGAAAAUGAUGAAAGACAACAAUCUGGUGCGCCACCUGGACGCCUGCGAGACCAUGGGCAACGCCACCGCCAUCUGCUCGGACAAGACCGGCACGCUGACCACCAACCGCAUGACGGUCGUGCAGUCGUACAUCUGCGAGAAGCUGUGCAAGGUGACGCCCAACUACCGCGACAUCCCGCCGCCCGUCGCCGACCUCAUCGUGCAGGGCGUGGCGCUCAACUCCGCCUUCACCUCCAGGAUCAUGCCAUCACAAGAUCCAACGAUGCCAUCCAUGCAAGUCGGUAACAAAACUGAAUGCGCCCUCCUCGGAUUCGUCCUGGCUCUAGGGCAGAGCUACGAAGCCGUCAGAGAAAGUCAUCCCGAAGAGUCGUUCACCAGGGUGUACACCUUCAACUCGGUGCGGAAGAGCAUGUCCACCGUCAUACCGCACAACGGCGGCUACAGGCUCUACACUAAGGGAGCUUCGGAGAUCGUGCUUAAAAAGUGCGCCUUCAUCUACGGGCACGAGGGCCGCCUGGAGAAGUUCACGCGCGACAUGCAGGAGCGGCUCGUGCGCCAGGUCAUCGAGCCCAUGGCCUGCGACGGGCUGCGGACCAUCUCCGUGGCCUACCGGGACUUCGUGCCCGGGAAGGCGGACAUCAACCAGGUGCACGUGGACCAGGAGCCGCACUGGGACGACGAGGACAACAUCGUGAACAACCUGACCUGCCUCUGCGUUGUAGGGAUCGAGGACCCCGUGAGGCCCGAGGUUCCAGAGGCCAUCCGCAAGUGUCAGAAGGCCGGCAUCACGGUGCGCAUGGUGACGGGAGACAACGUGAACACCGCGCGCUCCAUCGCCAUGAAGUGCGGCAUCCUCAGGCCCACGGACGACUUCCUGGUGCUCGAGGGGAAGGAGUUCAACCAACGCAUACGGGACGCCAACGGAGAGGUGCAGCAGCAGCUGGUGGACAAGGUGUGGCCCAGCCUGCGCGUGCUGGCGCGCUCGUCGCCCACGGACAAGUACACGCUCGUCAAAGGCAUGAUCGAGUCCAAGGCAUUCGACACGCGCGAGGUGGUGGCCGUCACCGGGGACGGGACCAACGACGGACCCGCGCUCAAGAAGGCCGACGUCGGAUUCGCCAUGGGCAUCGCCGGCACGGACGUGGCUAAGGAGGCGUCCGACAUCAUCCUGACGGACGACAACUUCUCGUCGAUCGUGAAGGCGGUGAUGUGGGGCCGCAACGUGUACGACUCCAUCGCCAAGUUCCUGCAGUUCCAGCUCACCGUCAACGUGGUGGCCGUCAUCGUGGCCUUCAUCGGAGCCUGCGCCAUCCAGGACAGCCCGCUCAAGGCGGUCCAGAUGCUGUGGGUGAACCUGAUCAUGGACACGCUGGCGUCCCUGGCGCUGGCCACGGAGAUGCCGACCCCGGACUUGCUGCAGCGGAAGCCGUACGGACGGACCAAGCCCCUCAUCUCGCGCACCAUGAUGAAGAACAUCCUCGGACAGGCCAUCUAUCAGCUCUUCAUCAUAUUCAUGCUGUUGUUUGUCGGCGACAAGAUGCUGAACAUCCCGUCGGGCCGGUACCAGCCGCUGGGCUCGGAGCCGACGCAGCACUUCACCAUCAUCUUCAACACGUUCGUGAUGAUGACCCUCUUCAACGAGAUCAACGCCAGGAAGAUCCACGGCCAGCGGAACGUGUUCGAGGGACUCUUCACCAACCCCAUCUUCUAUUCCAUUUGGGUCGGGACUGCGCUGUCGCAGGUGGUCAUCAUCCAGUUCGGCGGCAUGGCGUUCAGCACGGCGGGACUCACGAUAGAUCAGUGGCUGUGGUGCUUGUUCUUCGGAGCGGGGACCUUGGUUUGGGGCCAGCUCGUCACCACGCUACCCACUAGGAAAAUACCCAAGACCCUCUCGUGGGGUCGCGGGCAGGCCGGCCAGGAGUGCGCCCCCGCGCCGGACUACGACAACGAGCUCGACAAGAAGCCGCGCGCCGGACAGAUCCUCUGGAUCCGCGGACUCACGCGCCUACAGACGCAGCUGCGAGUGGUGCGCGCCUUCAAGUCGACGCUGGAGGACCUGGAGGAGCGCCUGUCGUCUCAUUCGGCGGCGGCAGGGCUCCGCUCGCGGCUCAGGGCCGCGCCGCAGGACUUCGCGUACAUCGACGCGGACGAACCCCGCACUGAGACCACCAUAUUCUGAGCCCCGGAGACCCGUCUCUGUUCUCGUCUUCUCGACCUUGCGAACUUUACUACUAUAAGUGUUGAAAUGUUAUAACGUCAGAGCCGCCCGGUCCCGAACAGUGCCUGUCGUGGCACGCCGCGCGUCCCCCUCCCCUCUCCUCCCCUGUAGGCGACGUGACGCGUGACGCGCGGGCGUGACGCGGCGCGUGCGUCACGCGGGUAGGCCGCAUUCUCGUCAGCCGGCGGCGCGCUCCGGAGCGGUGACGUUGUGUAAAGUUAGCUCGAGAGACGGACUCCGUUCGGAUACAAUUUUACUGUCGUUAAACAUUUAGAAAACUUUGAGAUUUUACUAAAAGUAAACAUUAUAAUUGUUAUUUUUCAUCUAGUAGUCUUUCACGUAUGUAGUGGAUCACCGUUGCGGCCGGACAAUGAGGCCCACGGGCCCGUCUCGCCGGCAGCCGGCGUGUUUCGUUUCAUAAUAAAUUUUGGGACCACUGCCCUUCCUGACGUACUUUUGGAAUUAUAUAUAUAUACAUAAAUACGUAUCCGUACAGAUUGAUAACUUCGAUAACUACUCGAAUUCGAUACAUCCCCUCGAAUAUUGUUACGCGUUACUUAAAUAAGCUUUUCCCUAAAGUUUAGUAUGAAUGACGACCACACUUGUGCUUCUGUUAUUAUUAUUAUUAUUCUUUAUUAAAGUUAAAAUAUUUCUUGUGUAAAUUGAAAACGACGAAGUAAUCUGUUCGUAACGUUCUGAGGAACUAAAAAUAUUUACAUGUUCGAAAUAAAGUUUGAAACAAAAAUAGCGUAGCAUUUUCUUUCGUUCAAGUUUGUAAUUGUUUUGGUGGGGGCCGCCGAUCUUAGAGAAAUCGCUCUAUUUCAGAUGUUGACGGUAAGUUUAGGUCUGACUCGCAUAGGGAGAGUUAAUUUGUAAGUAUAUUGGAGACCUAACGUAGGUAGCGGAUGGUAACAGUAAUGUCGUUAGAGCAUGGGACAGUGAUGUGUGCACGAUCGCCAUGGCUGCCACACCCCCGGCACAGACACCUGUGCCCGGUGACGUCACCAGCCGCCAUCUUGUCCGCGCCGCCUCGACAAAAUGGCGGCUUCGCUUAGUUUGUAAGUACUGAGUAUAUAUUGAACUUAACAAAAUAAUAAUUAUUAAACAAUGUAUAUUUCUUGUUUUCGAAAAGAAAUUAUUUGGUACAAAAGUUGUUUCUUGUAUUGUUUGUUUUAUUUUUGGAUUGAUUCGUUUAAAUGAAUAUAAAAAAUAAUUUUUUAUUUAUUUAGUUUGUUUUAGAAACGUUAACCGCUUCGCAUUUACAGUGUGAUCAUGCCUUUAAUAUGUUACAGUGUUAUUUAUGCAUGUAAACAAAAGUUCUGUGAGUAUGCACAAUUUGUACUUUUUUAUUUUUAACGUUUUUUUUUUUUUUUUUAAUACGUAGUUUGCAACGGAAAUCUGAUAAUACAUUCUCUGAACUCGUGUCCAACGGUAGUAUUUAUUGUCAGAAUUUCGAAAAUGAAUUUACAGUAACCGAGACGAAACUAUUAAUUUGAGUUUUCUUUUGUCAUAACGUACCCUACUCGACUCAAGUAUCCAUGAAAAGCAUUUGAAUAUUAAAGUAACAAUCUGUAUAAAUAACACGUGUAUGGUAAUCUCCACUAUCACACCUAAAAUUAGUUUAUUAAAUAUUUAUUCGUUAAAAAAAAUAAAUAGAGAUAGUACCUAGAUUGCUUUUGAACCUCAUAUUAUAUUUUUAUUCGAACAUAAUUUUAAUUUCAUCAACUCGGUUGUGUAUGUAAGUACUUAUUUAAAUUUUGUUUUCGUAUUAUUACUAUGAUUUUUUUUUUUAUAUUUUGUUAAAGUAUUGUAACGAUUAGUUAUUUUUUGUUUUUAAUUUUUAAUACAUAACCGGCACUUUAACUUUUUUAAUAUUGAACGCUCAUUAAAUAAAAGUAUUAUUUUGAAA